AUGGCGGAUCCCGGAGAUUACAGGAAGAUUCCGAGGAAACGUUCCCGAGUCGACCCGUACGAGUACGUCGCCGAUUCGCCGCCUGUUAAAACACUCCGAGCCCCGGAGGCUAUUUCCUGCCCUCCUGACCUCGUUCGACUCGACUCGGUAGCCUCGUCUGACUCGAUAAACUCGGUUUGUGACCUGCCCGAGGUGAACCCGGACAACGUGGCGGAUCUGCUGGGUAUGUUCGAUGGUCCUGACGCGGCGGCCGAUCCAGAGGUCGACUCGGUGGUCAAAAGUUUACAGGAAGAGAUCGCGGUGACGUCGGCGGCUGAUGCUGGAGAUCCAACGGCGGAGAUUAAAUCAGAGAACGAACUGUGUUAUCUUCUCGAAGCUUCAGACGACGAGCUCGGUCUGCCACCGAGGAAUUCGCUGCCGGGAUCUUCUUCCGGCGGCGAUGUUGUCGUCGAAGAAUUUGGGUUCGAUGGCGAUAUUCGGGUGAACGACUUGUCGGAGCUUGGAAUCUGCGGCGGCGACUCGGACGAUUACGGCGGCGCGGGCGAUAUCGUGGCGUGGGAUGGGCUUUUCGAUCAGGAGUCCGACGGUUCAAAGCUGACGUGGCAGCCGGAGAGUGUGUCUGCUCUGUGA